GUUUCAGAGUGGCGUGAGCUUCCAUAUGACAGCUGGACAGAAUCUCAUGUUAGUUCCUGGCUGAAAUCCAUUGGAAUAAAAGAAAUGUACAUAGGAAAAAUGAUGGAGGAGGAAGUGACAGGACCAGUUCUCACAACUGUAGACCGGGAUUUCCUCAACAAAACAAUUGGAAUGAAAAGUGGCCAAAUUGAACACCUACUGAAGAAACGAGAUGAACUUUUAAUACCGGAACAGCAGAAAAUAAAAAAGACAAGCGAUUCAUCUGGCAAGAGUAAAGAUGGCAAAAAGGAAGCUGUUAAAGAUGUAGAACAAGAACCAAAGCUUUCAUCACAAGAACUAUGUGACGGAGCAAAGGAUAAAAAUAUUCCUACAGAGAGCAAUGAUAACAUAUCCACUACAGAAGUGGUUUCCUGUGACUAUCGUAAAUUUGACCAUGAUGAAAAGGACUUCAGGUACGUGAAACAUCGUGUUCUUCCUCCUGAGACAGGGACUGAAAACAUGAUGGUUCCGUGCCAUGAAUAUAAGUCACUUGAGAUUGCAUACAAACUAGACUCCAUAAGGCUAAAAGUAAAAGUAGCCAGUGAAGUGUUAAGAUUUGCAUGCGCAUGCAUGAAUAUGAGAGCAAAUGGGACAAUUCACUUUGGCAUCAUGGAUAAAGUCAGAGGAACUCACAAGCAUGGGGAAAUCAUAGGGAUACCUGUAAACAACCAAGAAGACUUUGUGGAUGCAUUAGACUACAUUGAAAGGUGCUUUAAAGGGUCAAAUCAACAAAGUGAUGCCAGGAGUUGUAUAAGGCACCCACGAUUCAUUGAGGUGCUUGACAAGGAAAGUAGUGGGAACACAUGGGUCAUUGAAUAUGACAUUGUCCCAAAAGCAAGCAUUGUAAAAGAUAAGCUUUACUAUGUUGGUGUUCCUAAAUUUUCUGAAAAAGACAACAAAGUCAAAUGUGAAGAGAAAAUUCCCUAUUACAGAGUUGGAGCAAACACACCACGUGUACCUGAAGAUGACCUUGUUCCUUUCAUUCAAGGACUGAGAGAAAAAGACCAACAGAGAGAAGAGGCAGAAUCUACAAGCAAAGAAACAACUCUGGACUUUGGAGAGGAUCAAAAGAGGAAACUUUCUAUCCUCCUAACAUGUGGGAAAAAGCACAUGGACAACUCUCUGUUUUACAUUGUUGUAACAAACAAAUUUCAACCGGCGCAUCUUGACAGCAUAAGCUUCUUAGUUCACAUGAAUUUAUUCUGUGUGUUUGACUUUGACCCAGAUUCAAAAACAUCUGGUCUUUGUGGAAAAUACAAGAAACAGAAAGCAGUAAACCUUCACUUUUUUGAUGACUAUGCAAAUGACAAGAGAUUAGGAAUUGAUGACAUCAAAAAGUCUUUACAACUUUUUGAGAGAAUAAGUUGGAUUUUCUGCAAUGGAAGAAACAACUUCCCAGGUGGAGAACAACCCUGUGAUGGGAAAACUUGGAUCAAAACAAGAAAAAGGAAACUGAAAAAAGCAGUGUCACUCAUCUGCAAUGACAUCCUUCCCAGACGUUCAUUUGUUGUCCUCUUCCUGCUCAUGUCUGAUGUUCAACAUCCACUUGUUGAGACUUUCCAUGAAUUCUACGCAGAGAUGAGCGGACAUGAAUUUUUGGCAGUGAUAUCAGAGUCAAAGGAAAACUACAAGAAGUGGUCAAGUCUUGCCCAGGCGUCCUCCCCCAUUUCUGAUCUUAAAGAAAUCAGCAUUGUUGAAAUGCCACUGAGUCAUGUGGAUGCCACCGUUCAAAGCAUUCAACUAUUGAAAAAUCAAUCCACAAGGACAUUACCAGUCCCAAAUGGAGGCCUGUGCUUCCUAAAGUCAGUUGAAGAGGCUAUGCUAGAUUCUUUGGAAAUCAUCAGUGUUGACCAGUGUGAUGAUACAAAACUAGAGAUCAUGAGUGAGGAGGAAAUCCAACAAACUGAGAGCUACUUCUAUCGAGGUGGAAAGAUAAACUGGAUCAACUUCUGGCUUGCUGAUAAACACAAGUGUGGGGUAAUUAUAGAGAGGGAUGCCUACAAAGAAGCAAAUACCAUUCUAGAAAAUAUAGCACAUCGUCGCAAAGCCAUACGCCCCAUAGAGAGUGUGAACAUAUACCAUCAUCCAGGUAGUGGUGGAAGUACAGUGGCACGGCAGAUCCUCUGGAGGUGGAGAAAUAAAGUGCGAUGUGCCGUUGUUAAGCAGGGUAAGGAAAUCACAACUGUGUGUGAGCAUGCAGUGAAACUGAGGGAACAUGAUGAAAACGACAAAAAUAACUGUCUCCCAGUGCUGCUCCUGCUAGAGGACCACAAUCCAGAUUACAUCAAUGACCUCAGAGGGCACCUUGGAAAUGUUAUUGCAACUAAAAAGAUAAGUUCCUCUGUGUUGUGCUUUAUCCUGCUCAUCUGCAACAGGUCAAACGAUCCAGAAAGUAUGUGCAGAGCAUCAUUAUCUCAAACAGUAGCAGUCACUCACAAACUGUCUGCAGAAGAGAAGCCCUUGUUCUCAAAAAAGCUUGAGCAACUCAAACUGCAAUUUGAACCUGACUUCAUCCUCACAUUUGUACUGAUGACUGAAGGGUACGAGCGAAGCUACAUUAAAGACUUUGUAAAAAAUCUUCUAGAUAAAAUCGAUCAUUCAACACCCACAACUCGUCUCAUCAGAUUCGUGGCUCUCUUGAAUUGCUACGUAAAAGAUUCAUACAUAUCUGUGUCACACUGUGAAGCAUCUCUCGGCAUCGCAACAUAUAUGGAUAGAACUCAGUACCAUGCCUUUGUGGAUCAUCUAAGUGAUGAAGCCAGGCUCAUUUUCAUCCACCUUAACCAAAGUUCAACACACAUCCCAUCAAUACGAAUUAUUCAUCCACUGGUGGCAGAAGAAAUUCUGAGUCAGCUGUCUGUUAAUUUGCCUCAGAGUGAUAUUGCCAUGGAUCUCAUCAGUGACAAGGUACUGAUCAAUCACAGGUUUGACAGAGAUGAAUUUCUGAGAUUCAUCAGAGCUCUUUUCAUUAGACGCAACAAGAAGAGCAGAGGAGAUCCUAAAGACACAAGUUUUUCACCCCUUAUUGAGCAUGUCUGCAAUGUUGAUAAAGGGGGUGUUCAGAAAGCUGUUGAUCUCAUGAAAGCUGCUUACAUAGCUUUAGGAAAAGAUGCAUGUGUAGCACAACAGCUUGCUCGGCUGCUUUACACUCAUAAUAGAUUUGAAGAGGCUCUUGAAUGGGCAGAGGAAGCAAAAUCUCUUGCACCACAUGAUACAUUUAUCCUUGACACACUGGGACAAGUGUACAAGUGGUGGUUUUAUCACUUGUAUGAUACCCUUGAAGAAAAAGAGCCAUCCCCUGAAACGGGAAUUGAAAUCAUAAGCACAGCACUCAAAGGAAUUUCUGCCUUUCGGGCUUCUGAAAAAACACCUAAAAAAGAGACUGUCAACCUUAACAAUUCAUACUAUGGGGAAGUAGAUGUUGGUUGCAGGCUUCUAAAAUUCCUGUCAGGAGUAGAUGUUUUUUCAAACACUACUGGAAAAUCAGAGCUGAUGCAGUACCUGCUAACAGACUACAUACCACAAGACGUCAAAACACCCUGGCAGAAAUUUCAUAGGCAGUUGAAAGGCUUACAAAAGAGCUUGAGCCAAGCACUUGAAUGCAUUUCUGAGGAACUCAGCUAUUUUCAAACUGACAUUAGUGAAGAGGAUGAAGAGCUUGAUGCCAGGGAUCCAGAGCAAGUGCACAAUCCAAGAGAGUGGCUGACAAGAAAGAGUGGUGUAUAUGCUGAAUUUUUUUGUCUUACACAAGAUGAGAGUGGUCAAGCAACAGAAAGCAAUGACAUUGACAUGGCUGGUCCAGUUGAAAAGCUUUCUCCAUUCCAAAGACAGAUGAGGACCUACAAGCUUGGUGGAGGAAAUGUUACAUCCAUCCUCUCACUACUUUAUGACAAGAAACCAGAGAGGGCAGGAAAAAAACUUGAGAAAAUCUUUAGCCUGUACCCAGAAAACCUGAUGUGGAAUGAUCUUGAUCCAACAGAACUCACAAACUUCAUCUUUUGUCAGAUAGCUCUCAACUGUAUUCUACCUGGUUCCUCAAAGCUUCUGUCUCUUCAAAAGCUACAAAAAUUCAGCAAGAGAUUUGUGACAAAAGGGAAACACAUGUCAUCAGCAAGUGCUCUGUUCCUUCUCUCCCUUCUGUUUUGGCCUGAGACAAGUGAUGAAGUAAGUUCUGAUGGUGCUCAGAUCCUUUUCUCAGCCAUCGAUGCCCUUCAGAGACUUUGUGAGCAAAAGAUCCAACAUAGGUCUCAGAGGAAAAGCAGGAUUGUGACACACUUCUUUCUGGCAAAGGCAAGAGGUCUUAACAAGAUUGUUCACAGAAGUGCUAUUGAAAAGGAGAUUAAAGGCACUCUAAGUGAAAGAAAACUAAAAUGGCUGGGAGGAGAAGUAUGGAAAACAAAACAAGUUGUGCAACUUCUCAAACGGGUUGAAGGGUGGACAGAAAAUGAAACCUUGUUUGUGAGAUGUGGAAGCAGUGGCAAGAUCAGAGUAGUUCCUCGGUAUAGUGCCUCCCUGCCUCACGGAAACGAAAAAGUCAACUUCUACUUGGGCUUUUCAUUUGAUGGUGUAGUUGCCUGUGACAUCCAAGUGAUGGACUAAUGUCUUCAGUGUAAAUCUCCAA